AUGAUAUCGUGUGAAUGGGUGCGAUUCGGAGCCGGCGACGUGCAGCGUGUCGAGUGCGGUCGCCGCGGGGCGAGCCGGCUGCGAGCGGUAGCCGCCCGAUACGUUUACGAGCCGACACUAACUUUAAGUGACCCCGCCCGCACUCGUGCACAACACUGCUUGUAUUCCCUUUCAAUGGAAACAAGGAAACGACCUUUUAUAUCCGUGUGA